CUCUGACGUAAGCCUCAACCAGGAAUUGUCCAGCUUGUGAGUUGUCGCGGUAGCUUUGCUGUCGAUUCUUCCUAGCUCAAAUGGCGAGCUCUAUGGGUCCCGGUCGCAGCGGGCCGGGACUUUGGUCCUUGGUGCUGCUGCUGCUCGGGCUGACGGGGUUGAGCGUUCGUGUCGGGGCUUUGUCUGAACCGGGGAAAUGGAUCGUGAACGUGGAUCGCGAAACUCUGAAGAAGCAGAACUUCUUCUUUUUUACAAAAACUUUGUUCAAUAGCAGCUUCAUCCAUCUCAGAGUGUUGGAAGAGAGCUGUACGACGGCUUCACCUGUCCAGUUGGACGUCUCCUGGUAUUUGAGGAACUCGCACUGCUACACUGAAUUCUUCAGUUUGAACGCGUCGAAGGCAGAAAAAUACUUCAUGUCGACGGAGGUCCAAAGAGGAGGAGGAAGUGGAUAUUAUGUUUUUUAUCAAUAUCCUUCCAUCACCUGCCAACCCCACAUGUUUCACCUUGAUGAUUUCGUGACGAAAGCACGACUACAAGAAAUGCCUCAGCAGAUCACAGAUAAUACUUCAGGCAGGAGGAAGAGGGAACAGCUGGAGCCUUCAAAACCAAAGGCUGCUGCAGCAGAGAAGGCAAAUGGUUCAAAAGGUGGAACAGGAAAAUUGGCCGUCUCUCCUUUAGAGGGGGCGACUCAAUUCAGUGCGGUAGCUGAGACCUGGGAGGACGGACCCUACAUGUUCAUCCUUAAAAUCAAAGACAACAGCCGGGCCCCUGACAACGCUAAGACCCCCGAACCCUGGAAACUACGUUUGGAGAUCAGCAUGAAGGGGUCACAUGAAUACAUAUCAGCAACUGAGUGGCCUAUGAUGGUGUUCCUCAUGGUGAUGUGCAUCGUGUACGUGCUGCUGGCGGUGUUGUGGUUGGUUCUGUCUGCGUGUUACUGGCGGGAUCUGCUCAGGAUCCAGUUCUGGAUCGGAGGAGUCAUCUUCCUGGGCAUGGUGGAGAAAGCCGUCUACUACGCUGAGUUGCAGAACAUCAGAUACAAUGGCUUGUCAGUCCAGGGGGCGGUGGUGUUUGCCGUGGUGCUCUCUGCCGUGAAGAGGACUCUGGCCAGAGUGCUGGUGAUCAUCGCCAGUCUGGGAUAUGGCAUCGUCAAGCCCAGACUUGGGGCAUUGCUGCACAGAGUAGUCGCUGUCGGUAUGCUCUACUUGAUCGUCUCUAUCGUUGAGGGGAUCCUAAAAGUCAAUGCUGAUCGAGGCGACCACAUCCGACCUACACUGUUGUGUGAAAUAGUGAUGGCCUUCACUGACUCCUGUAUUGUCUGGUGGAUCUUCGUGAGUCUGGCCCAAACUAUGAAGCUGCUGAAGCUGAGGAGGAACACGGUGAAGCUGUCGCUCUACAGACACUUCACCAACACGCUCAUCUUCGCCGUCAUUGCAUCUGUCAUCUUCACCAUUUGGACCUUCACGACCUUGAAAAGGGAUACAUGUCAUUCUGACUGGAGGGAGCUGUGGAUAGAAGACGCGUUCUGGCCCUUCUUGUUCUCCAUCAUCCUAUUGGUCAUCAUGUUCCUAUGGCGACCGUCAGCCAAUAACCAGAGGUACGCCUAUAGUCCCCUGUUCGAUGAAGAGAGUGAGGAAGAGGAGCAGGAGCCCAUGACGAAUGAGGCUUUCGAAGGGAUGAAAUUGAGGGGCAUGAAAAACGAGACCAACGGUACGCCCAAAGCCAACAAAGUGGAUGAGGAUCUGAAAUGGGUAGAAGAGAACAUCCCGACGUCUUUGGCAGAUGUUGCACUACCCCCCCUGCUGGACUCUGAUGAGGAAACAAUGAUGACUAAAUACGAGAUGUCAAAGAUGGAGUAAAGCAGAAGAGGAGAGAUGAAUGGUGGAAGAAAGUCUCGUAAACAGAUGGAUAAAUGAUACAGAUAAAUGUUGUGUAUAGGAUGGAUUUAAAGAAAAAGGUGGCUGAUUAAAGGGAACCGAUGGGAGGAAAAGGGAACGCAGGGAAGUGUUUUACUUUGUGGGACGUUGUGUCUGUAUGUGAUCUUACCCUGAUUUUAUGAGCUUUGUAAGCCUUGACUGUACAUAGAUUGGGAGUAAAAUGGAUCAAAGCAGCACACAGAUUCUUUUUAUUUGUAUUUUAUAUAUAAAUAUCUAAAGUAUAUUUUGACAAAUUUGAUGCUAAUUGUGUUCUGUGCUAGAGAGCGGCUUGUUUGCCUUUUCCCCGUUUACAUGUGGAAAUGUUAUUUUUUCAAUAUAGUCCUCAACGUUUGUGUUUUCACUGUUGACACAUGAGCGCCCCCUGUGGUUCUGUUGAGUCCAUACCUGUGUUUUUCAGAUCUGAAAAUAUCUAAUUGUAUGUAAAUGCAUAUAUACAUCGUUUUCUCAUUCUUACUUAUUGGAGCUGUGAGGCUUGUCGUCAUUUUGGUUUUGGAGUCAUGCUGUUUCAGCUGUGGUUUCAGUGCAAUUUGAACAAUUAAACUGUUCUGUUCUGUUGAGAUUAUUUUACAAAGACUACGUAUGAAAAUGAAUUGAGUGUUCAUUUUUACUUUGGAAUUUUGCAAGAAAAAGGUUGGAUCAUCUGUCCUUAAAUUACUUUUCUAUGCUUCCAUUUUUAGCAUUUCUUGUCUGGCCUCCUCGGAGAACCGUAACAUGAGCUUACCGACCGCCAUCAUGCAUAUUUCUGUUCCACUGUAGCCACACUCCCAUAGCCUCAGCUUUAAUUUGUAUUUAGUGCUAGUAAGCAAAUUUGACCAUGCUAAUACACAACUGGCUGCCUGCCCAAUGUCUAUUUAUUGAAUUACACUCCUAUAGAAAAACAUCACUGUACAAGAACAUCAGUUUUGUUUUUAACACUGGAAAUAAUAAUAAUAAAAAAUGUGUUUUAAAAUAAAAUAUUUCAUCCUGUUAAUAAUUACUCAUAGUUCACUCAUACAGAUGAUCGAUUACCAGAAAUAGUUGUUAGUUACAGCCCUUUUGUCUGGCGACUCUGCUGGUGGUAAGCGGUUACUGCAACUGUGUUUUUGGUUCUUAUUCCAAAAGUUUGUCGUAUAUGAAUUUUCUCUGAAAAGUAGCCAGACAACAAUUACUUUUAAACCAAGGGUUUUAUUCAGUUCUUUGAGGUCAGUUUGGUAUGUCGAUUGUUAUUCUAUCUCCUCCUGUCGUUGUUUCCUUCUCUUUUUUUGUUGUUGCUGUAAAACAUUUUAAAACUUUG